UCAAAUGCCAGAGAGAAACCAAUCGUUCCUUCAUAUUCCCAUGGCAUCUAAAAACCAUCUGCAAAUCAUUGAUGAUCGUCUAUCCAAUCAGGAACGGACAACAGCAACACUUCUCGAGCAGGCAUUUCGGAUAAAAGAGGACAUUAUUGCCAGUUUGAAAGGAAAACAAAACAACCAAACAGUGGUGGGAGUGUCUCAACAAUUGCUAGAGAAGCAUAUCCAAAUUAUAACUGGGAUACUCAAACAACUGAGCACUGAUAUAGAGGUUCUGGAAGGGCAGGUCCGAGUCCGGGAUGGUGUGGCUGCAGGGACCAGCUUUGCUGUGCAGAGCCUCGACCUUAAGCACCUGGCUGGAAUUGGAGACCUGCGGGGAAGGGUUGCCAGGUGUGAUGCCAGCAUAUCCAAACUUGCUGGAGAUGUCAGUGUAAGCAACAGUGACACUCAGAAAGUGAAGAAAGAAAUUCAAGUCGUCAAGUCUUCUUUGGAAUUAAAAAUGAAAGAAUUGGAAAUUAAGCUGGUAAAACUAAUGGACAAAAUAGAAAGCUCUAAUUCUGAAUACAAUUCAAAAUUAAAGACUGCAAGAGGGGAUCAACAACAUGAACUUCAACUCUUGGAUUUCAAAAUUAUUGCCGCGGUGGAAGAGGUACGGGCACAGAUGCAAUACCAGCAUGAGUGGGUAGGACAGAAACUUGAUAAAAUAGAGCAAGUGCAAGGACAGAGAGUGGAUCACCUGUUGAAUGUUGUGAGAGAGAAAACUGAAAUGACAGAGACAAAAAUACGAGAGCGGCUUAACCAGGUCUUCUUGAAACUAGAAAAUCUAGAAGGUAGACAAAGGCUUGAUACUGAAUCCAACAGAAUGAAGCACUCUGAACCGAAGAUUGCUGCAAAACUUACCAAAGCUGAAAAUAGCAUCUGGUAUGAGUUGGAAAGCAUGAAAGAGGAGUACAGAACAGGAUUUCAGUCUAUUAAGGAUUCCAUCAGUUCACUGAAUGAAAUAAGUGAUAAGAAGAUAAGAAUGGACAAGGAAAAUGUCCAGAAAGAACUAAAAGAACUAAGACGACAGAUAAUUGCCCUUAAAAACUAUUUAUAAAGUUUGUAAUAACGAGGAAAAAGAUAUCUGGAAAUUUAAUCCCUUUGAGAUUCAGAUAUCAUAAAGAAGAACGCAGCUUUAGUAGUUUAUGUUUAUCAUCUGAACCCGAGUUAUCGCUUUAAAAUUAAGAUUACUGCUUUACAUUCAAACAGUUGACUACAAUUGAUAUAUUGCUUUCAUGAA